AUGAUUAUGGGCCUUGUAAGAACCAAUGAAGGUCCCUCUUUUCUUCAAUUGAAAGGCGAUGACAACAUUAUUUUAAAAGUGCUGAACACACAGCGACAUUCAGGAAUAUUAUGCGAUGUUAAUUUGACAGUGGAUGGCCAGAACUUUUCAGCGCAUAAGGCAGUUCUCGCGGCCAAUAGCCGGUUCUUCUUUGCCAUGUUUACCACAGAAAUGCUGGAAAAGGAUAAAACAAGUGCUAGUGUAAGUACUAUUACUGCUGCUGCCAUGGAAAGCAUUUUAGAUUUCAUGUACACGGGACGGAUUCAAAUUCACAUCGAAAAUGUUUUCGAAUUGCUAGAAGCAUCAAAUUAUUUAUUUGUGGAAAAGGUGAAGAAAGCUUGUUGUCAAUUCCUACAGAGUGUACUCGAUACAGAAAACUGUUUUAUGAUUCUUUCGAUGGCUGACGCCUUCUCGUGCAAUGAUCUAAGUCAAACAGUCACCCAAUACGUAAAUCGAGAAUUUAGUAAAGUUGCCAAGACAGAAUCAUUUUUGAAGUUAUCCAAAGAAGAGAUUAUCAAGUUCCUGUCCAGUGAUGAUAUAUCGGUUGAAAAUGAAGACCAACUCCUUGAAAUUAUCACCGACUGGAUAAGCUACGAUUUGGAAGCGAGGAAAGACUUUUGUGGUCAAUUAUUGAAAUUAGUUCGACUAUCUUUCGUUUCUUUGUCACAAUUGAAUGGCCCGCUACAUGAAAAGGAAUUGAAUGAAUUGAUCAUUCCAAGACUUGUUACAGAAUUCAAAGGAGCAACCUACGAAAAAGAAGCUGGGAAAAUGACUGCGAGGAAAUCGUACCGAAGUGUGGAAGUGAUUCUGGUAGCAGGCGGAUGCGAUAAUUCAGCAAUCUUAAGCAAUGUCUGUUGUUUUGUUCCUGUCGUUAGCAAGUGGGUGGAAUUGUCGGCCAUGAAGCUGCCGCGAUGGAGGUAAAUCUACAAAAGACUUUUGUUUUGCCGGUUACGACUGACUGAGUACUCAACAUUUAGCCGGCCUUGUAUCAUGCGUGUAUCAUGCAUGUAUCACCAGCAUGUAUCAUGAUAAGUUAUGUGUUAAUUACACAUUAUCAAAGGAACUCAAGGUCACGCCUUUUGGAUGUAGACAAAAGCUCUCUUACACAGAAUUAAAUCUCGGAAUACGUCAACCGGGUAGAAAAGCUCCAAACAUUUCUAAAUAAUGCAGAAAGAUGGUGUAGGAAGGACAAAUUAUCACGAAUUGCGAAUAUGACUCUAAGGCAGUUAAGGUUAUAUUUAAAAAGUAUGUAAAUAAUGUUUAUUUUAUUGCAUGUUUUGCUAUUGUCUUCGUCGUGUUUUUGAGAUCACAUUAUUCACUAAUUUCUUCCAGGCUUCAGCUGGUAACUUCACAAGAUAAUAUGUUAGCUAUUGGGGGGCUAAGAGAUGUCUGCGUUAAAGAAAGAGCGAUUCCAUUCAUAGAACGCUUCAGCGGUCAAAGUAACUCGUGGGAUGCAACUGAUCAUCAGCCUGUAGUGCAUGAUGUUGAGCUGGACUCUUUCGGUGCUGUGUCCACAGGUUCCACCACCUUUCUUCUUGUUGGAGGCCUGGAUCCCAAAACCAAUAGAUGCACGUCUCAUGUCAGUAUUUUUGAGCUUAAAGAUGGAUCCUGGCUCGUUGGACAGCGAAAAUCUUUGCUCUUUCCCAGGGCAGGCCACUGUUUAGUGUCAUCUGGAGACAAUGUGUAUGCAAUUGGUGGAUUCCAAGUACCAAACACAUUUGCUAUUCGUGAAGGAAUGCGAACAGUUGAAUGUUAUGAUUCAACUAGAGGUAAAUAUACGCCCACCUUUAGACACCAUUUGAGGACUGAGUUAGUUUGAAUACAUAUUCAAAUCUUUCCUUUCAUUACGAAAAUAGAUCGUGCAUAGGAAAGGGUUUCCUUGUGAAAGUAAUUGUAAACCCUUCAUAACCGUUUGGACCACUUUAACAAGUUGGACCAUGUUAUGCAUAAGCUAGAUGACCGAAACUUACCGAGGACUCAUUGCUAGAAUAAAACCUGGGCAAAGGCAUUCCUCUACAGGAAAAUUUUUUAAAAAACCUACCAAAUUAAUCUCAUCAAAGUCGCCGAAAAAGUAGUAUAUAAAUGGAACAUGUGAAAAAGAGACAAUUAUGUUUUGAAUAAAAAGAGUUCAUUCGUGCUAUCUAUCAUUGAACGCUCCCUUCGUUUUUUCCAAUUUAACAAGUGCAACCACAGGCGGCCCAAGCUCAAGCUGUGAGAUGAUCAUCUUGCGAAAUAAGAGUCAUGGCGAAAUCAUAAUAGUUGUAUGGGAAUAUUUACUUCCGCUCUUAGGAAUAAAAAAGUAUUGUCAAAUUCUCAAUGAAAAUACCUCAUCUUACUUCCACAGCGCAUCAUUUGUUAUCUGACCGCUCUCUAUAUUGAAAAGCACCCCUUUUUAGCGAAUUAUCCAUUUCUAGGUUUACUUUGUACAUGUACGUGUAAUAUACUUUUAUAAUUUCGUCACGACUCUUAUUUCGCAAGAUGAUCAUCUCACAACUAGAGCUUGGGCCGCUUGCGGUACAUCCAACAGCCAGUUGGUAUUCUCGGCGAUUUCUAGUUAUUUUUUUUUUCUUGCCUUUUAACUGUAUUAACUGCUAAGAACAAGUAUAAUUUGCAGUAAACAAAGAUGGCUACCUCAUCCCUUAAUCGCAACGCAUAUUUUGCUUUACCGAUCUUCUUGUCUUACUAAAUGCCUUCACUUUUAUCCAGAUGCUUGGACUUCCGUUCAACCCAUGAUUGAAGGAAGACAGUUUGCUGCUGCUGUGACGUUGAAUGACGAAAUUUUCAUCUUUGGCGGCUAUGACGGACAGAAUGUUCUUAAUUCUUGUGAGGUGUACAACGUAAAGCUUAACAGAUGGCAGCACAUUGCUCCGAUGCGUAAGUCUCGAAUGAAGCACUCUGCUGUGGCACACGGUGACAAGAUUUAUGUCAUUGGAGGUGUGAGUGACAUCAGAGGAGGUUCCGUGUUCAGUUCAGUGGAAUGCUACAUUCCCGAAAAGAACCUUUGGAUGAGUGCCCCUGACAUGCCGGUUGGAAGAUUUGAUCACCAAUGUUAUAUUUCUAACGUCAGUUAUAAGUUCCUCGCUUCCGUUCUGGAAAAAUCCCAGUGA